AUUGAAAACAGCUGUUUGUUAAUGUCAAGAGCCACGCAAGUGUUUGUUAUUUACACAUAUUCAAUUUUAACAUUCCAGCAAUUAAGAAUAAUUACCGGCAAACAAUGGUUAUGACGAAUUUACAACGUUGGCUUUUAUAUAUUGGACUCUUUGCGAUACCCUAUUUGGCCAUAGUGACCGGUAUACUGCGCGCACCUGUGCUUACCAAAUGGGAAUUGGAAAUUCAGCUAUUACCACUUGUAUUGCUGGUAUUAUUUGGGGCUUAUUCGGCAUCUGUGGUACUCUAUCGCACGUUUACAUUUAAUGAUUGCCCGCUGGCAGCCAAGGAACUGCAAGAACAGAUUGCGCUCGCACGUAAAGAUUUAAAAGAGAAAGGUUUUAUAUUUCGCGAUUAAGUAAUAUUUACAGGCUGUUAAACUUUUCUUCAACUAAAUAUUAAGUAUAGAUGACACGGUGUAAAGAAAUGCAUUAACUUAGCAUAGUGAAUGCAAAGUUACUUUCUGCAUAAGUUGGUAGCAUCUGAAGUCACUAAUUCAUUUUAAACUGGUCUGACAAGUUGUUUAAUAAGUUGAUUUAAGCUGACAUGAAAGCUUAUACAAAUCUGUUAUUACACUAUAUCUGCAAAGAUUUUCUAUUUCUAUUAAAUAAAUGCUAAACGCAGUAGAUAUUUUAUAAACCGUAA